UGCGAGUUGGGGAGAUAGUAUCUCGAAAAGGCAAGGCGGACGAGGCGACCAGGCUAGUAGAUACUGUCUACACAUGAACUGGGCGUCGAGCGACAUUGCAUGCACAGCGGCAGGUGACACCACCUGUCGACUGCAGGAAGGAGAAAUAUAAGAUGGCGUUGCCCUCCUCGAGAAAGUUCUCCAGGGAAGGGAAUAAUCGAUCAAACUCUGACAUCAGGUAACCAAUCGCUUUGUAAGUGGUUCGUAACACGAAAUCGACAUUGCUCUGCUCACGACCUCCGAACUUUCGAAUGGCCGCUAAUAUGUCUGCAGGAAAAUUGGGCCCCCCUGAUUCGUCGGACGCUCCACCCACUCCACUGGAAGCAAGAAGCGUUCACACCACUAGGAUUAUCGAAUCACAUCUCACUUGGGUCGCAAAGCAAAACCGGCACCGGCAAAAUUCGCGCUUUCUGAUGGAGAGUCCGCCUCCAGAUAUAGGCGUGGGCGCUGCAGAGCCUCAUCUCCCCGAUUUUUUCUCUCGUCAAGGCUUUUUCUGUCCACGGGCAAGAUCAUUUCCUGCCCUGGAAUCUCCGGCAUUUGCUGUCUUUUCCGAGCACGUCUCGUCCCCAAACAAGAAGAACGCCACUCCCCAAUUCCCGGCCCAGCAUCCCGUGCGAUCAUUGCAGCGAUGCUUUGCGCACCACUCGCGCAGCGUGGGGACGUGGCCCCUGUUCUCGGCCCGACACCGUUAUGGUGGAUAUUCGAGCUAUCCCAACCUUCCGCCUGGAUGAGGGAUUGAGAUGAGAAGGCCGGUGUGGCAAAGUUGUCACCUGCGUCCACAGAGACGACGUGGUGGUGGUUUUGCCUGUGGGGGACCGAUCAGCCAUACAUCUAGUGAUGGGUUGGGUGUGCAGCUCCUGUAAGGUCGCCUCGUUUGCAGGCGGG